UUUUUUUUUCUAUCUAUUUUCUCUUCUUCUUUUUCCUUGCAUAUAUAUAAUUAUAUAUAUAUGCCAAACCAACAGCCACCAGAAGAUCCCUCGACUCACAACAUGACAUUUCAGCCAAACAACACCUUUACUACUCAUCCUGACACUAACAACAGUGACUCUGUAUACCAAUCUCUGAUACCUCUUUCAUCUCAAGAACAAGCACCAGAACAAACCAUAGUAACAACGAAAACCAUCCAUGCGGUCGAACAAUUACCGCACUUCGUGAAAGCCUAUGACUGUUUACCACCACAUAUCCAAUCAAGCACAUUAUUCGAUCUCCUUCAACGAUCCAACAAAAGUACACUUCAAUAUGUCAACUCACUUGUGAUGCCUAUUCUUAAGCGAGAUUUUCUUGUUUCUCUACCGUACGAGCUCAAGAUUCAAGUGAUUGGCUAUCUCGAUGUUCAGUCACUCUGCAUCGCUUCGUCUGUCAGCAAAACAUGGCAAUUAAUCAUUGAUGGCGAUAAAAACACUUGGUACCGUCUAUUACAAAAUGAUGGUUUUGAGAUACCUGCCACAUCUCUUUCAGCCAAGCAACUCAAAUCGCAUUAUCGACAUCAAUACACACUCAAGAUGAAUUGGAAAAAGGGUCAAUUUAAACGAGUCGAAUUUGAAGGUCACAGUAAUCAUAUUGUGACAUGUCUCCAGUUCGACCAAGAGAAGAUUGUCUCGGGUGCAACAGAUGCCAUGAUCAAUAUUUAUGAUACGCAAGACCCUACAUCUCCUUAUGUUCAGUUACAAGGACAUGCAGGUGGCGUAUGGGCACUUCAAUAUCUCAACAACACACUUGUGAGUGGAUCCAUUGAUCGCACAGUGCGUGUCUGGAACAUCAAGAAACGGAAAUGCACCCAUAUUUUUAAGGGACAUACCUCUACUGUGCGUUGUCUACAGAUUGUGGAGCCUGUCAUGAUCCAAGGCCGAUUGCAACCCAGUCAGCCACUGAUUGUUACUGGUUCGCGUGAUUUCAGUAUACGUGUUUGGACACUACCAGAUGUAGAAGAAGAGCAAGAAGAACCCUUUGUGGCUGAGGGAAGUAGUCCUUGGUUCAAGUAUUUGUUGAUUGGUCAUUCACAUUCAGUGCGGUCCAUUGCAGCGCAUGGAAAUACAUUAGUCAGUGGAAGCUACGAUAAUACAGUGGCUGUUUGGGACUUAAGCACAGGUCGAAUGGUACAUCGUAUGGAGGGUCAUACAAGUAAUGUAUAUUCUGUUGUGAUUGAUCCUAUUCGACAACAAUGCAUGAGUGGGAGUAUGGAUCAAGUGGUCUAUGUAUGGGAUUUAGUGACAGGCGAAUGUUUGCAUAAAUUAGAUGGACAUAGUGUCUUAGUGGGCUUGUUAGGUUUGACACCAAAUCAUUUGGUAUCUGCUUCCGCUGAUCGCACUUUGCGUGUUUGGGAUCCUACUACAGGUGUGUGUCAGCAUGUGCUAGCGGGGAAACAUGGACAUGAAGGUGCUAUUACUUGUUUUAAACAUGAUGAAGAAAAGGUGAUUUCAGGGUCUGAAGGUGGAUUGAAAAUGUGGGAUAUCAAGACAGGUAGAUAUUUGUAUGAUUUAGUGACAGAUGUCAAAGGUGUAUGGUGGGUGACGUUUGAUAAAAGUAAAUGCGUGGUUGCUAUUCACAAUCGCGAAAGAACUUCGUUUCAAUUAUUAGACUUUGAUGUGUAAAAAAAGAGACAUAUAUACCAAAAAGGGAAAAAAUAAACGAAUUUCAACAAAGAGAAA